ACUUGGUACGGCCGAGCGGUUGGUGCAAUCUGCCCCUGCAGCCCUGGGGCGCGCUUUUCAAAUCGGCCGUGCCUUGCACCGAAAUGGAGGGGCAGCUGCUGAGGGGUCUCGCUGCGCAGCAGGACUGCAGCAUCCGAGAGAAAAUAGACUUAGAGAUCCGCAUGCGAGAAGGAAUAUGGAAGCUGCUCUCGCUGAGUACGAAAAAAGACCAAGUUUUGCAUGCAGUAAAGAACCUCAUGGUGUGCAGUGCUCGGAUCCAGGCGUACACGGCGGAGCUGCAGAAGACAAAAGAAGAGAUUGCAAAGCAAACCGGAGCACGGGAUUCGAGUUUUGAAAGUAAAGAACGAGAAUCCUGCAGAGGAAAGAUCGCCCUGUCAGAUAUCCGAAUACCAUUAAUGUGGAAAGACUCCGAUCACUUCAGUAAUAAAGAAUGCACACAGCGCUUCGCCAUCUUUUGCUUAUUCAGGAUGGGAGCUCAGGUGUUUGACACGGACAUGAUGAUUGUGGACCAGACAGUCACAGAUAUAUGUUUCGAAAAUGUCACCAUAUUCAACGAGGCAGGACCGGACUUCCAGAUAAAGAUAGAAGUCUACAGCUGCAGCGCAGAGGAAUCCUCCCUAACCAACACCCCGAGGAAGCUGGCUAAGAAGCUGAAGACAUCCAUCAGCAAAGCCACGGGAAGGAAAAUCAGCGCAGCGCUCCAGGAAGAGAGCCCAGAAGCGUGCUUGCUCGCUGGUUCCGUGGCAGGUGCAAAGUACCAUUUGCUGGCUCAUACCACCCUGACCUUGGAAAAUGCUGGAGACUGCUUUAAGACCCAUAACCUGUCUGUUCACGGAGAUGAGGAGUGUUCCUUUUGGCUUCCCUUGUAUGGCAACGUGUGCUGCCGGCUGGUGGCCCAGCCAGCUUGCAUGGCUGCAGAUGCAUUUGCAGGAUUCCUUAAUGAACAGCAAACAGGAAAAGGUCUGGUUGGCUGGAGAAGGCUGUACUGUGCUCUGAGAGGGGGUAAACUCCGCUGUUUUUAUGGCCCCGAAGAAAUCGAAGCUAAAGUGGAACCAGCUCUGGUGGUUCCUGUUGACAAGGAAACCAGAAUUCAGGCGGUGGAAAAGGAUUCAAAGAAAAUGCACUGUUUCUCUGUCCUCAGCCCAGCCGCUGGGCGGAUGGUGAGUCACAUCUUUGCGGCUGACAGCCUAGCAGACUUUCAGGAGUGGAUGGGCGCCUUCCGGCAACAUUUCUUUGAUCUCAGCCAAUGGAAGCAUUGUUGUGAAGAACUUAUGAGAAUUGAGAUUAUGUCACCACGGAAACCACCUUUGUUCCUGGCAAAGGAGGCGACCUCAGUGUAUUAUGAUAUGAGCAUCGAUUCACCCAUAAAACUGGAAAGUGUAACAGACAUAAUACAAAAGAAAAUCGGAGAGACCAACGGACAGUUCCUCAUUGGUCAGGAUGACCAAUCCGCAGCACCCCCGUGGGCCGCUGUCUUUGAUGGCAAUCACGAAAUGGUCAUCAAGAAGAAAGUGUUGUCCCCAACAGGCGAACCGGCUCCGGAUGGAAAAAGAAAAAAGAGGCGAGCCCCACUCCCUCCUACCGAUCAGCCGCCCUUCAGCAUAAAAACCCAGGGUAGCACAGAUCAGUCCAAGGACAGCGCGACCCAGGCUGGGGUCUCUGGAGCCUUGCCUUCGCCAUCGCCUUCGGAUCCCAGACUGUCGCUGCCUACGCAUCAUCUCCAGAAACCCGUGGCUGCCCCUCGCAAACUUCUCCCUGCCAGGAAGAACAGUUCAGCGGACAUUGGGCACACGGACACUAAAACCAGUCUUGACACGAAGCCAGUGCCAGUUCCAAGGCAGAAAUCCAUCAGAGACAUUCUGGACCCACGAUCUUGGCUCCAAGCACAAGUAUAGGAAGCCCGGGCUGUGUAAAUCCAGCUGUAAGGCUCUGGUCAGAGGCAUUCUAUGGGUAAUGUUAUGUAAUUGUAUAGGUAAAGACCAGAGCCGUUUCCAGAAGUCAUUAAUAAGCUGUUAGGUACAGAAAAGCACCUUUAAAUAGAGAAUUAGAUUUCUCCUUUCCAGAAUAGAAAUGAUCCUUCCCCCCCCCCCCCCCCCCCCACGAGCAAAAGAGGCAGUUUCUAGACAGUAGCCUACUUUUUGGAAGGGUUAAUUUACUCCUAAUUUAGUAGCAGGCAGUGAACAGACAGAAGUCAGAGGAAAGCAUUGAUUUUUUUUUUUGAGAGUGAGUUUAGUAAUGUAGAUAAUGUGUUCAAUAUAAGCCGUAUUCUCAUUGUGAGAAUUGUAAUACUUAAUGGAAUAUUUCAGAGGUUUUGUUUAAACCACAAAUUACAGAAUCUACCCAAGAAAAUGUUUCCCCUCCGCUUCCUGGAAUUCGCAUCUAAGGGUCCUCUGGCUUCCCCUCUGUUGUUUAACUCAACCGGUCUCUAGGGUUGAUCUUUUCAAUUCCUGGGAUAAAGUCUUCGAAUAUUAAAAAAAUCUUUGUCUUUAAAGGG